UGUCGUGACGUGUCUGUCUCGCGUGGAGUCUAGAUUGAAGAUUUCAAAGUAUUCGUGGCACUUGCGGUAAAUCCAUGUUGUAGAUGUAGAUUAGUGGGGUAUUUGUAGUCGUAACUUUAGUGGUGGCAGGGGCAACAACUAUUUACCUGUUCCUUACCAUACGGUAGUACUCGUACGGUUUAAUAUUUAACACAAGACUCAAAAAAAAAACAAAAAAAUGGUAAAACCUGUUAGAAAAUCCUCGAACAAAAAUCCUCCUAUUCUAAGCCACGAAUUUAUAAUCCAAAAUCAUGCUGAUAUUGUGUCUUGUGUGGCAAUGGUCUUCGUCGUUGGCCUUAUGGUACAAGCGACAACUCCAAUAGCUUCGAUUUUCAUUACUCUGCAACACAAUGUAACUGAAGCUGGAGAAGUGCCUCUAUUUAGCCCAGGCAUCAAAGAUUGGGCCUGUGUAUUUUUCUAUAGCUUGAUCUGUAUUGUGAUUCAUGCUAUUAUUCAAGAGUACGUUCUCGAUAAAGUAUCCAAGAAGUUGCACCUUUCUAAAUCCAAGCUGGCAGUGUUCUCUACAAGCGGACAGCUGCUAUUUUUUUAUGUGGUUUCUGCAGUAUGGGGCAUCGAUGUUAUCAUUAAGGAACACUAUAUUUUUGACAUUGCCAGGCUCUGGUCUGAUUACCCUGCGCCGAUGUCCUUUUUGUUGAAGCUUUACAUCAUCGUGCAGCUGGCUUAUAAUCUCCAUGAGAUUCCCGAGCUGUACUUCCAGAAAACAAAGAAGGAAGAAUAUGCCAGCAAGGCUACCCAAAGCAUUGCAGGGAUUCUGUUGAUAUUCAUUCCGUAUUUCCUAAGUUUCAACCGACUGUUGGUUUGCUUGUUGGUCCUCCAUCAUGUUUCGGAAAUCUUCAAUCAUGCUUCUCAGCUCAUCCAAACUGUGGAUAAGGAGGAAAAAUUCACUAGAGGAACUAGGGCGGUUUCGAACAUCUUGCAGCUCAUAGCACGCGUAGUGAGCAUUGUUUUGGCAAUUCUAACCCUCUGGUACGGCCUGGCUUUGGGAGAGCAGAAGAACCUCGACUUCCAAGCUGGAUACUACAACACUCCCGUUAUCCGCCUGGCUGUCUUGAUCGGCAUUCUAGGGCUCCAAAUGUUCCUGACCUUCAAUGUCAUCAAACAAGAAAUCGAGAGGUCUCGCGAGUUGAAAGCCGCCACUGCCGUCCCCAAAACGAAGGUGCAAAAGAAAGAAAAGAGCAAGAAAACCAAGAAAAGUGAGGAAUCUGAUCUGCCUGAAGUCGAUCAAAACACCAACAAAACUUUGAGGAAGCAGAAGGUCAAGUAGUUCGGUAAUUAGAGGCAAUCAAGUGUGCUAGUUUAUUUUGUUUGUGCAACGUCUCUCUUUUACACCACAUCAUCAAUUUUAUUUAUUCGUAUUGAUUUUUACGAUAUAUAUGUUUUUGUUGUAGAUUCGGAACCUCUAUUUUAAAUUUAUUUUUUCUAUUUACUUAUGAUUUGUAUGCGCCGUACAAAGAUCCCUCCACUUAUAUACUUUUUGAAAUUAAAUUGAAUUAUUACAGUGA